ACGUAGUGUUGGCGGGUAAGUACAUCCUUUAUAAAGCAUUUAGUCUUUUAUGCCCUCGCAAAUCGGAAUGUAAACACGUAGCAUUCCAGCAAAUAUAUACAAUUUUUCAGUAUUUCUAGUGUUUUGGACAAUAAUCUAGAAAAAGAGAAAAUUUUAAUGGGUAGUUUCUUUGGACGCGCCUGAUAUCCACUCGUCAUUUGAAGUGCACCCCCCCCCCCCUCCCCCCGGAUUUACAGUUUACCGAAACAGUCAACAGACGCCGGGCUAGCAUUCCUAUAUACAUGCACCUCUAUAUGCAUAGCAGUUUGCUGUUGGUUUGGGCGAACUAUUGUCAUCACAGAAAAUACUAUCCGAAUUGCUUUGGACAUGUUGGAAGACUUCGCUUGCGCUCUACGACUGCAGCCAAUCUCUACACCCGUGUUACAGAACCUAUGUCAUGUUCAGAUGUCUCACAAGCAACUGCAACAAUUUCAACAGGAGCAGCAAGUAUGUCAGCACCACCAAACACCGUCAGUGAGAAAGAACUUUUGAAGUUGUCACGGAAAAUUGAACCCAGUUACUAUAAAAGUGUGGGCAUUAAUCUGAGCAUCCCCAAUGCAACACUGACUAGUAUCAAGGAACGUAACCCAGAGAACAGCGAUGCAUUGCUGACAGUAUUUACAACAUGGAUGAACAGUCAACGUCCAGACACAAAUAUGAGGACUCUUCUUGCAGAGGCUUUACGAGAAAGUGACUUAGACUUACUUUCUCACCAGUUGGUUUCUGGAAAUUUAUUAACAAAGUCGCCAGCUACAGUUAUACCAGAGAGAGGAGCAUGUUCACCAUCAACGAUACCGAUAGCAACCCAAUAUGCUGCCAAUCAUCAUGUACUAUACCCUGGUUCUUGCUCUACUGAAUCAAGAGCACCAAGGGAAGAGUCUGGGAAGGAUUUCGAUGACAUUCUGAGGGAAAUUGCUAAGCGAGUCAACAAAAGACAGGAUGUCGAUGAUCUUGGCUGUAAACUGGGAUUUCAUCCGUCAGAAAUAGAAUCAUACUAUGAGAAUAACAGGAAUGCAUCAUACAUGGGCACGCUACAGAUGCUUCGUGAUUGGAGGAAAAGAACAAUUGAAGCAGAAGAACAAACACUGAUGAGACAAGCCCUUGUUGGCAUCAAGUACAUUCGUUUGGCUAACGAGCUCCUGCCUGAGUGUUGAUAAGCUAUUGAUCCUAUCCAAAAUGAAAAUAAUAAAAAGAAAUUGAAUUCUUUCGCCUAAAUGUAUCGAUUUAUUUGAACCAUCAAUAAAA